ACAUCGAGAAGAGAUGUUGUUUUAUGUUGUAAUUAUUGGAAUUUUAAGUUUUUCUUACGUAUUGGGCGUUAAUGAUAUGUCAGAAGAGACCUGUGAGACUUUACCCUCCGAAAUCCACUUGACGAAAGAGGAGUACGAUGAAUUGGGAAGACUUCAGAGAACCUGCAACGGUGAAAUAGCAGUCAAUAAAUGCGAAGGAUCCUGCAAGAGCCAGGUACAACCAUCUGUUAUCACACCUACAGGAUUUUUAAAGGAAUGCUACUGUUGUAGAGAGAGCUUCUUGAGGGAGAGAAUAGUCACCUUAUCCCACUGCUACGAUCCAGACGGUGUCAGGCUGACAGCAGAAGGAAACAACGCUAUGGACGUCAAACUUAGAGAACCGUCCGAAUGCAAGUGUUUCAAAUGCGGCGAUUUUAGCCGAUAAAAUCAAUUUGCAACAGAUGAAUGCCAAGUGACCCCUGUGAUACAUGUUCUACAAUACCCAGGCUGUGUACCGAAGCCUAUACCCAGCUUUGCUUGUAUAGGAAGGUGUGCUUCUUAUUUGCAAGUUUCUGGCAGUAAAAUUUGGCAAAUGGAAAGAUCCUGCAUGUGUUGCCAAGAAUCAGGUGAACGAGAAGCUUCAGUUUCAUUGUUUUGUCCAAAAGCUAAACCAGGAGAACGAAAGUUCAUAAAGGUUACCACCAAAGCACCUCUGGAAUGCAUGUGCAGACCAUGUACAGGAGUCGAAGAAAGUGCUGUAAUACCACAAGAAAUGGCAGGAUAUUCGGAUGAAACUCCUCUAUCAGGACAUUUUCUAAAAUCUCACCAAUUGUAAAUUAUUUAGAAAAUUAAUAUACAUUUAAAUUAAAAAAAUAAAACAAUUUUGAUU